AUGGUAUCAUUGACCGAUCUACCUACCGAAAUUCUAUUAUACAUAUUGGAAUUUCUCGAAAAUAAAAUUGAUAUUUUCUGUUCAUUUUAUGGUAUACAUAAUAAGCGUUUAUAUCAAUUAAUUCAAACAAAUUUUACUGAAUCUGCAGUUGAUUUAUCAGUACCAUUAAUAUUUGACAGUAAUAUUCUGAAUUACAAAUUUCUAUUAAAUAAUAUGCGUUUAAAAAUAAAACAUUUGAUUUUAAAUGAAAAUGAACAAUUUCAAUUUUUAUUUUGUGCUCCUGAUACAAAAAAUUCUGUUUCCAAAUUUAACUAA